AUGAUAUUCACGGACCCACGUUCCCGCUGGGGCCACCGAAAUCUCGAGCCCCCACCGCCGGACCCGACGCAGAUCGCCUUCGGCGCGAUUGGAAUCAAUGCAAAGCUCCAGAGUAAAGUCCUUGCUACGCGCCAGAAGCUGUCAGCCGCAGACCGCCAGGUUGCGACUGGUUUCGCCAUUCUGGCUUACCUGUCGCAGGAGGCCGCCCAUGCCGCGCAGCGGCCAAAGCUGCGAAGUCAGAGCCCACCCUCCAGCGUGCCACGCCUCGCGCUGUU